AUGCCAGCCAAUAUCCCCAGUGUCGGCGACCAGCAUCGUGGUGGUCCGGCGAACAUCAUAAUGCCAAAUACAACAGGCGCCACAACAGCGAACCCCUUCGAAGAACCCCAACGCCGUAUCAACGAAUACACUGCACAAGAGAUUGCAACGUUACAAUCACGCCUCGACAAGAAACUAGGACCUGAGUAUAUCUCGGCACGACCUGGUGCUGCGGGGCAAAAGGUGCACUACCUUGCCGCGGACAAAUGUAUCAACCUCGCAAAUGAGGUUUUUGGAUUCAAUGGCUGGUCAAGCUCCAUUCAAACUAUUCAGAUCGACUUCGUCGAGGAGAAUCCAAACACUGGCAAAAUCAGCCUAGGGCUCUCGGUGAUCAUGAGAGUUACUUUGAGAGACGGAACGUUCCACGAGGAUAUCGGGUAUGGGCAUAUCGAGAACUGCAAAGGCAAGGCUGCGGCCUUUGAGAAAGCCAAGAAAGAAGGCACAACAGAUUCUCUAAAACGUACCCUAAGGACCUUCGGCAAUGUGUUGGGUAAUUGUGUCUAUGACAAGGACUACGUUUCCAAGGUGACCAGGGUGAAGGCAGCUCCUGCGAAAUGGGAUAUUGAAGAUCUCCACCGUCACCCUGACUUCGCUCCGCCUGCUAAGAAAGAACAACCUCCACCUCCAACCAAACGCGUAUCCGACGACGACGAGUUACCACUUCCCCGUCCUGAAAACCAAGCUAGAAACCAUAACAUCGGGAAUCAUAUCCCUGGCGAUGGUGAUGGCGAGUUUGGAAGUGACCUGUUUGAUGAAGCCGAUUUUGGAGUGCCUGAUUCAGGUAAUCCCGAUGAGAUAGUGAUAGACACAGAACAUACACGACCGCAACUGCCUGCUCCUGCAACUGGUUCAGUCCCACAACGAGGACCUCCUUUGCGCGCAGGAUUCAACCCAGCUGUCGUAACACCCUCAAAGCCAGAACGAUGGAACGGUUCAGGCCCAGCAGGACGACCAAUUCCACCAAUUGCACGACAGAAUCCAGGCGUCAAUCCACCACCUGCAGCAGCUAGUGGUCGCCCAGUGUCCGGACAAAACCCUGCUCAAAUAAUUCAAAAUUCUAGACCUAUAGUUCCACCACAACAGCAAACUAGUCAAAGUGGACCAGCAAACAACAUCGCCCAGCCGCCAAUCAAGAGAGAGUCUUUUCCUGGGCCAAAUCAAGAAAUGAACCCGCCACAAGGAACCCCAUCAGGGGGGUUUUACUCAGCUAGAGCAGUUGACCUCCUCCGCGAUAACCCUAACGGCGCGUUAGAUGCACCCCAAUUUGAUCCACGCGCAGAGAGUCCAUCAAUCCGCAAGACAGCCGGCGUCGACCAUACCAAGAGCGUCCCCAUCUCCAGGCCCAUGCUUUCCAAUGCCUCUCCCGCACCGACCACCAACGCACGCGACUAUGCCAAUCCGGCCGCCGAUCUGCAACGCAAAGUCGGUGCUCCCGGUCCAGGAUUCGGCAGUCCAGUCAGCAGAGGCCCGUCCGUCUCAUCCUAUCGUCCUUUAACCCGACCCAACCCCGGUGCCAAUCCAGCAGCCCUGAAUCGAGGCAGCGUACCCCCACAAAACCUCAAUGGAAAACGGCCUCCCCUGAAUGAUGUCACAAAUGCAAAUGCCUCGCCAGGCACACAUCCUGGGCCUCCUGUCCCGGGUCUCAAUGAACCCAAACGACCUCGCGUCUCGGAUGCUGAUUCCUCGGGCCCUCGUCCGCCAUCCCAGUAA